AUGGAUUUUGGAGAAGAAAAUACCGUUUGCACGAUAUGUCACGAAAACAAGUCUAAAUACACAUGUCCAGCAUGUGAAAUAAAAACAUGCUCAUUACAGUGUUACAAUAAACAUAAAUACGAAAGAGAUUGUACAGGGAAAGUGGAUUCUAAUAAAUACUUGAACCGAAGUGAGUUAGCAUCUGAUCCAGUUCAUUUAAAUAGAGACUAUAACUUCCUAAACAACGUGGAUAGGAAAAUACAUGUUGGGAAGGAGGAUAUAGUGAAGCUGGCGAAGAAUGUGUUUAAACGUACCAGAAAUCAACUGCGAGCCCCAGGCAAUAAGAGACAUAAACGUAAUGAUGAAGAUAAUACCGAUAAACGAAUAAUGGCAGUGAAAAAAGUUUUUCUUAAUGAGCCCACCAUCAGCAUCAAACGGGAAAAUACCUUAAUAGUCCUGUUACCCAUCGGCAUGUCAAGGUCAAAUACAAACAAAACUGGGUUUGAUAAAAAGUUAAAUUCCUUUGUGUGGACCAUAGAAUGGAUAGUGUUAAAUGACCAAGGCGAACAAAUGACGAAAUUUAUAAGCUACAGAUUAAAGGAGUCAUUGAUUUUGCAGGACUCUGUGCCAAUGAAUAUUAUCAAUAAUAAGCUCAACCAGCCCGUGGAAAAAAGCCAUUUAAAGUUCUAUUUGCAUGAUGUAAUACACAAGAAUAAAAUGAUACGAUUGAAUAGCGAGGAAAAGAUAUCUGACGUGUUGAAAGAUAAAAUUGUACUUGAGUAUCCUACCAUAUAUGUUACUGCAAAUGAUGAAUGUUUACAAGAUAGAAUAAUAGACGAGUUUCAAUUAGCUGACGAGGAAGAUGAUGAUGCCACUGGAUCAAGUACAGAUGAGUCUAGUAGCUCGGAUGAUGGUGAUAGUGACAGUGAUACCAGUAGUGUUGGAGACAGUUCGGAUGAAGAUAAUGACUCUGAUUCUGCUCCGGAAGAGACGUCUCUGAAAUUACCACCUUUUUCGCAGACAUUUUUUGAAACUAGAUCCGAUCUGAAACCAAUAAUAGAAGAGAUAGGAUCUAGCGAGGUUGUAGAAGAGCCAUGA